AUGAAGCUGAGGGACGAGGACCGGCUGACGGCGGACCUGGACGUGCGGUGGCCGGCGGCGCGGCUGUCGCUGUCGCCCGGGCUGGUGCACACGUACCCGGAGCAGCCCGUCGUCGCCUCGCUCGAGUUCCCGCCGCAGUCGUGCCCCUACGCCGCCGGCGGCCUGGUGCCGGAGCUGUGGCUGGACCUGGUGCACUGCGGCUCGAGCCGCGACGGCUGCCGCCUGCGCAACCACUCACUGUCGCAGGUGCUGUACUCGGAGCAAGUGCGCGGCUACCCGCGGCGCCGCCAGGUGUCGCUCAAGUGCGAGCUGUUCGGGCUGGCGGGCCACUACGCGCUGCUGCUGCGCUCCGCCGUCCCCAGCAGCGUGCCGCGCGAUGGGUGUGCCCGCCAGGCGGUGUGGAGCGACAAGUUCAUCUUCAACGUGCACGCGCGCAGCAUCUUCCCGUGCGACGCGCUGGGCGGCGGCGUGCCGGUGCUGUUCGAGUACCCGCGCUGCAUCCUGGAGCAGGGAGACCGCGUGCGCCUGUUCGCGCGCCUGCGCGCCGACGUGGCCUCGCUGGCGCCGCCCACCUCGCUGCGCUACGUGGCGGAGCGCGCGUUCCGGCGCGGCGCGCACAGCCUGCGCUUCGACUGCGACCUGUUCAGCGAGCGCUACGUCGAGUACUGCUUCGUGUACGUGAACCGCGCCGUCACGGGCGCCGUCAACGACGUGCGCAUGGACUGCGUGCCGACGCUGCCCGUCGCAGACUCGGACUCGGGCGGCUGGGGCGAGUGGAGCGGCUGGACGCAGUGCUCAACCUCAUGCGGGGGCGGCACCCGCAACCGGUACCGCCUCUGCGACUCGCCGCCCCCGCGCUACGGCGCCAAGUUCUGCGAGGGCGCGGCGCUGCAGACGGAGCGCUGCGGCGCUGCGGACCGCCGGCCGCUGGAGCCGGGCGCGCUGUCCAGCUCGGACUGGGAGUGCCUGUACCCGCCGCUGCAGGCGCAGCUGCCCGCCGAGCGGCCCGAGGUGCGCGCCGAGGUGGGCCCGCUGUGCCGCUGCGGCUGCGUCGUGCACCUCGGCACCUUCAAGCCGCGCCGCCUGCUCGCCAGCUCGUCGCACAGCUGCCCCGGCCGCACCUUCUGGCUCGUGCAGGCCAACCCGGGCUACGUGGUGCGCCUGAGCGUGGACCACUUCCGCCUGCCGUGCGCCUCGCAGUGGCUGAAGGUGCGCGACGGCGACUCGCUGUCGGCGCGGCUGGCGGCGCAGCUGGCGGGCGGCCGCGCCUCGGCGCGCUCCGUCACGUCGUCGGGCCCCAGCCUGCUGCUCGAGUUCUUCACGGACGAGCUGCUGGCCGGCGGCGCCGAGUGCGGCGGGGGGUUCCUCGCGCACGCGCAGCAGCUGGCCGUGGCGCAGGGGAACACCUCCUCCACCUCCUCGCCGCCGCCGCUGGUGUCGCAGGCGCCCGUCGGCGGUCUGCGGGCGGUUCACGUGGCCUCCGUGGUGUUCGUGGCGGCCGUCAUGGCCGUGUCCGCCUGCCUCGCGGCGCAGUACGUCUUCAGGUACCGCAAGUACCAGCGCGCGGCCGCCGCCGACGACUGCGACUCCGCCCCCGGCUCGCUGGCGCUGUCGCGGAGCAGGGCCGCCUCCAGCGCCACGCUGCUGUCCGAGGUGAUCUCGCUGCGGCGCUUCCGCGGCCGCCCCCAGCACGCCCGCCUCCGGGAGGAGGAGGAGGAGGCGGCGGGCGAGGCGCGCGGCGAGACCGACUCGGCCGCCGACUCCGAGCCAGAGUACGAAGUGAUACAUGCGGACCGCAAGGAAGAGCGCGAGGCCGUGGGCUCGGACAAGAGCCCGGAAGAUGGUAGCGGCUCCACUGUUUCCGCUUCCGACUCCUUUGCGCAUGCGCGACCGGAACUUCCACGCAUCCACAAACAAGCGACGAUCCGCAAACUGAAGAGCGACGGCGGCGGCCAGAAGGCGGACGGGGCGCCCGCACCGCCGGGACGGGACCCGCCCAGCGACGCCGAGAGCACCCGCAGCUGCGUCUCGGCGCUGAGCCGGCGUCCCGGCGCCCGCCGCCCCUCCAGCCGCGCCAGCGUGACCACGCUCGCCAACGGCUGCUACUCCCCCGUGCUGAGCCUGCGGUCCAACCCCAAAGAGUGCAAGGACAAGCGCAACCUGGAGAAGCUGCUGGCGGGCUCGGAGUUCAGCCUGGCGGGCCACGACACCGACUUCGAGCUCGACUACUACGACUACAACGUGUCCAACGCCGGCGACGUGCCCGGCUCCUACCUCGGCAUGGACCCCGCCUACCUCGUGUGGAUACCUCCCUUCGCGCCCGGGUUCUGGGACGAGCGCGACGACGUGGUUCCCCCUUCCGCCGACAGGGACCACCAGCUGUCGCAGCUGGAGCUGCGCGAGCUGCCCGCCGCGGGGGAGAAGUACAGCCUGGGGCUGGUUCACGACGUGGCCGCGGAGCAGCGCGAGCGAGGCGGGCACGACCUGGAGAUGGAGCAGCUGCUGCCGCCUGGCGGCGCGCUCGUCAACCCGGACGACUGCGGCGGCAACUCGGGCACGAUCAAGAGGAAUCGAUCCGGCGCGCGGGUGGACGUGGUUCUCGACUCCCCCGCCAGGGUUCACUACCGCUUCCAGCCGGGCGAGAAGGAGACGCAGGUCGAGAAGUCGCCCAGCGGGCUCGCCGACUACUACGGCAUCAUCGGCGACGACGGAGACAUCAAGUUCGCAGACGACGAGGACGACGAUUCCGGGCUGGACAGGAAAAGCGAUGACGACAAUGUCGCGGAAACGAACAAGAUAAAUAAUAUGAAAGUGUGAUAUCCUGCUCACCUGCUGGAUAAAUGCGUGGCAGCGUUUACACUUGUAUUUUGGCUGUGUUUUACCGUGAUCGAUGCAUUUGAUGUAGUUUUAUUUUCUAACAGAGGGAAAGGAAACAGUAAAUAUAUCAAUUUUUGUUUUACAGUAGGCAGUAGAGGUUACACGAUAUUUUUUUUUUCAAGGGGGAAGGCGGAGUUUUUAAAAAUAAAAAAUUAGAUUAAAUAUUUUAACACGUGUAUAUAUUCCAAAAUAUUACAUUACUACUGACACACUCACACUGGCAUAUGGACCUGCAGUAGUAGCCGUAGGCGACUUGGAUUUUUUUCACACAGUAACAUACUGUCUUCACUGAUAUUCUGUAAAAUAUUUUUUUCAUAUCAUCGGGAGGAAGGGAUAUUCCCUCUUAACCCGCCUGCCCCUUUUUUCUGUUCGGUGCCUCCGCCUCUGAAGUACGGGUCAGAAGUUUUUCGUGCUGUCAGCGCAAGGGAGAUGGAGGGCAAUAUGGGAAUAAGUUGAAGAUAAUUUGUAUCUGACGGCGCAGCAAUCUCCCUGUGUGAAAUUAACACGGCCAUCAGGGAUGUCAAGAGAAAAUAAUUUUGUCUAGCCAUUAUUUAGGCUAGUAGUAUAGGAUAGGGCAUACUGGCGCACGGCUUCUGGCUGAG